AGAGAGAGAGAGAGAGAGAGAGAGGAUUUUAACGUUGUCAAGGCUCGUUGACCAGAAGUCCUAGAAAAUAUUUUCAUCGAAGAAAUAACUGAGCAUAGACCCUAGAACCGUUGUCGACAAUUGGGUUUUCUCUGCAAUGGGGUUGGAACUCGUCUCAGAAUGUCCGAGCUCGCCACUGAUGUCAGAUGGUUAUGCAAGCGAUUCAGACACUCUCUCCAUUCUUGGUUUAUGGAUCAGGAAUGCUCUAAAUUCAGCUACUGAGAGUGAUUUUACCAAAUAUAUGGAGCUUGUCAGAAAGAUCAACGAUGCAGAACCUGGCAAUAGUGAAGAGGAGGAGUCCCUCGCGUUUACACUAAGGGCACUGUCACAGACAACCUCAUCAAUUAGCCGUGACCACCAUCUAGCUCUUAUUUCCUCUAUUUUCUCGAUAAGCAUAUGGAACUGUGCGCGCGUUGUGGCAGAUUCAUUGCUGGAAUUCAUCAUCAAUUUGGCAUUGGCAAAUGGGGGUUUUGUUGAUGAAUGCUUGGACAUGUUAGUUAGGAACUUUCUACCUCCUGCAUGUGGAUUGUCACAUGUGGUAGAUAGUUUCACUAGGCGUUUGAUGGGACAAACAAAUAUUGCCAACCAGCACGAGCUGCUCUCAAAAUUAAUGCAUCAACAACUUCAAAGGAAGGAAGAAGUCCUUGACCUGGUUCAUUCAGCUUUGCACAAGAUAGCCAGUUUGGUUCCCACAGCUUCUUUGAGGUUGCUGCCUAUAAUCUUCAAUAGAAUGCCUCACCGUGUACUCCUUAGAGAUUGGAAUGUGCUCUUUGUAGAUAAUAUGCUAAGGCUUCACCGCAGUGCUAUCGGUGAAUUUAUUGGGAACAAACUGCUGAUGGCAGUGGUGGAUAGGCUCAUAGAGAUUGAUGUAGAAAUAGGAUGGGAAGAUAUUCUACAGGAUGACCCUAGCAAAGUCUUAUUUGAUAUAGAACUGGAAGGUUUUGAGGAAAAUGAUGAAUGCCAUGGAAAACCUGGCAUUGAGGCCAGCCAUCAUUUUCGAGAUGCAAGUAAGCAUAGUUUGGCAGAUGUUGCUGAGAAGAUGGAUUGCCUUAUGGAGGUCACUUUUGAGCACCUUAGAUUAUGUUAUACUGAAAACCAUGUUGAUAAGGUUUUUGAGACUCUUCUUCAGUCCUUCCAAACUACAGUAUUGGGCACCUACAAGUCGAAAUUUACUCAGUUCCUUUUGUUCUACAUGUGCUCGCUUGAUCCAGAAAAUUGUGGUGCCAAGUUUGCAUGUCUUCUUGUGGACAUAUUUGUGGGCAAGAAUCAUCCUCCAAACACAAGGAUGAGUGCAGUUGCUUAUCUUGCCAGCUAUCUAUCACGAGGAAGAUUUGUCUCAUCUUCUUUAGUUGCAAGCACAUUGAAAAGAUUGGUGGACUGGUGUUCGGAGUACUGUAAAAUUCAGGAUGAGCUGAGGAAACCCUUAAACCCAGCAACUCAUCGGGUCUUUUACUCAGGAUGCCAGGCUGUGAUGUAUGUUGUUUGCUUUCGGAUUGGAGCAAUUAUGGAGAUCCCAUACCUCAAGUCACACAUAUUCCGGCCCCUAGAAUCUGUUCUGCACCAUUCACUGAAUCCAUUGAAGGUUUGUUUGCCCUCCAUAGUGGAGGAAUUCCUAAGGCGGACCAAAGUGGCCGAUGUGUUUACUUCUUUGGCUACUGCCAUUGUCCAAAACUUGCUUGAAUCCGAGAAUUCGAGGACAUUUGGUGGUGUAGAGAGACUUGAUAUGUUUUUCCCCUUUGAUCCGUACCUUCUUAAAAGAUCGGAGAGGUUUAUUAGGCCGAAUUUCAUAUUCUGGUCCAUGGUUCAAGAUGAUGAAGAUGAUGAUGAGUUUGAUCUCAAUGGUGAUGAUGAUGAUGAUGUUGAUGAAUGUCAUGAUUAUGAUAGUAGUGAUGUCAAUGAUGAUGGUGAUGAUAUAUUCAUGGAUGGUCACAUGGGAUCAUACCAAGAUGAAGUUAUAGGUAGUCUAAAUGAGUCUGAAUUCGAUGAAUUUGAAUACUCGAUGAACAAAAUGUCCAUAACUCCAAAGAGUAAUAUUAACUGGGGGAUGCCCACUCGAAGUCCUGCUUGUGACAUGCCUGCAAGAAUCAUGCCUUCUACUAGCCCUGAUUGGUGAAAUGAAAAUGGAAAGAAAAGAGGGAAGAUGAUUGGGAGAUAGAUUUGUGCAAUGAUCAUUUCAGCAAAGAAAUGGUAGGGGAUUUUGCAUGGAUCACUGAGUUUUGAGUCCGGUGGAACAAUGGAAAUAAGGUUAGAGAAAACACGCAUUUUCAAGGGGAGAAAUUUCUCAAUGGUCGGAUUAAUGGGGUUUCUGUGGAAAAAUGAAAAGAAGUUUGGGUUAAUGGGUUUUGUGUAAAAUUAAGAGAGAAGGCUCUUUAGGGAAGAGAAUUGUGAGGAAGCGCGUGAUAGUAGGCUUGCUAGGAGGAGCUGUUGUUCCACAUGGUGGUGUGUUUGUUCUCGCAUUCUCCAAAUUUUGAUCGGGUUUAGUGAUGUGUAGUGCUGUCUAGGAUUUUUGUGGUAUGUCACUUAUGAGUGGAGCUUUGAUAGUUGGAUAAGGUUUAGAUGAUGAUAUUUUCAUUUGAGUGGUUACAAUGUAGCUGUGGCAUAUAAGAUGGUAUCAAUAAGUUGGCCAUAUACUAGGUAUGCUUGGCUUUGAAAAACGAAGCUAGGUUAACAUUGUUUGGGCAUUUGGGGAUGAGUUUCAAGGGGUACGGAACGUUGACAAACGGGUCCUCCAUGGCCUAAACUGAUGAGUCUGCUUGCAAGUUGAUUUUCAAGGGGCAUUUCACUUUGGUUUUUGGGUGGUGUAUGUGGAAUUGAUUUUUUUUCAGGAUCGUUUUGUCGCUCUUAAUUCAUGAGUGUUCUUUGACUUC